AUGUCUCUCAACUCCAACCAACUUGACCCCCGCCAGCACCCUCUUCAGGCUAUUGGCAAUGCCAUUGGCGCUGAGACUCAAGGAGAACGUCGACCCCCUCGUAUGAGUCACAUGCAGGGUGCCAACGAGGGACCAGCUGAUGUUAUCGCCAAAGUCUCUGGUGCGCAGGCUGGUGGAAAGAGGGAAGAUGAUGGGGCGUACUUUACUAACAAUGAGGGCAUUCCCUUCCCUGAUCCCAAGACGGUUGGAGGACUUCCUUUGGCCAGCGACACGUUCCUCUUUCAAUCUAAGAAUCUUGAGCAUGUGACUGAACUCACUAAAGCCAACUUCUUGUCGUCUGUCGGAGAAAAGACUCCCGUCUUUGUCAGAUUCUCUACUGUGACUCUUGGUCGAGAAUUCCCAGACGAGGCUCGUAACCCUCGAGGUUUCGCCAUCAAGUUCUACACCAUGGAAGGAAAUUACGACAUUGUCGGCCUAAACUUCCCUGUCUUCUUCUGCCGUGAUCCCAUUCAAGGACCAGACGUCAUCCGCUCUCAAUACCGCAAUCCAACAAACUUCCUCCUUGAUCACGACGCCCUCUUCGAUCUCCUUGCCAACACCCCCGAAGCCAACCACGCAGGCCUCAUGUUUUUCAGCGAUCAUGGAACCCCCCAGGGAUGGCGCUUCAACCACGGCUACGGCUGCCACACCUUCAAAUGGGUAAACUCCAACGGAGAGUUCGUCUACAUCAAAUACCACUUUAUCGCAAAGCACGGUCAGAAGCAAUUCACUGAUAGUGAAGCUAUGCAAAUGUGCGGUGAAGAUCCUGAUUACUCCAAGAGAGAUCUUUGGGAGGCUAUUGAGAAGGGUGAGGAGAUUGAGUGGACUGCUCAUGUUCAGGUCAUGGAUCCUAGACAAGCGGACCCUGAUAAGCUUGGCUUUGAUCCUUUUGAUGUUACAAAGGUUUGGCCGCGAUCGCAGUUCCCAAUGAAGGAGUUUGGAAGAUUGGUGCUCAACAAGAACCCCGAGAACUUCCACCGAGAUGUGGAACAGGCUGCCUUUUCGCCUGGUAGUAUGGUACCUGGUAUUGAAGACUCGCCUGAUCCUCUUCUUCAAUUCCGCAUGUUCUUCUACCGCGACGCUCAGUAUCAUCGCAUUGGUGUCAAUCUGCACCAAAUCCCCGUCAAUUGUCCCUUCAUGGCGAAGUCUUACGCGUCACUCAACUUUGACGGACAGAUGCGUGUUGAUGCCAACCACGCGGGCAACAAACAAUAUGCACCCAACAGCUUCGCUCACAAGUUCAGGCCUGAUGUCGCUGAAGCGCCAUACCAGGUCGGCGAUAACAUCGCCAGCAGAGUUAGUCACUAUUGGCACGAGGGUAAGAAGAAUGACUAUGACCAAGCGAAGGAUCUGUGGACAAAAGUCAUGAGUGAGCAGGAGAAGAAGAAUACUUGCUACAACACAGCAAAGGGUCUUCGUCGCGUCAAGUUUCCCGAAAUCCAGGUGUAUAACAUCUCGGAGGAUUAUGCGCAGGGCAUCUAUGAUCUUCUAGACCAGCCUCAGUUUGAGUUCUCCCAGGUCAAGGAACUUGCUGAGACUGCGCAGGAGUGGUAUAAGGAGCCAAAGUUUAGGCCUGGCCCUGGAUCAAAGUUGGCUGGAUAUCCUCCUUCUGCAGCCGUUUACCAAGCAUGA